AUGUUUGAAUCCGAAGAGAAAUUAAAGAAGAAAUCAGCUCCCAAAACUGUCCGUCUACUACUCGCUCAAUUAAUCAAUAGCUUCAUUGAAUACACUUCGGAAUUAACCUAUUUUGCGAUCAAUGCAUUUCAAACCUCUUCAUUAAAACGUGUACAAACAACCACAUUGACACGUUUCGAUCAUUACUGUGUACCACGUGUGUGUGCACUUUAUUAUAGUCUAGAUCGAGAGUUUGAAGAAUUUGUUUUACGAAUGAAAAAGUUGUGUAAACGUACACAGAACACGUUCUUAGACAUACGCUCAGCGAGAAUUCAUUAUCCACAAUCGGGUAUGUUUAACAUUCCGGAUACGCAUCGAUCAUUGAAUAUCUUCAAAUGUAACAUCGAACGGUUGAGAGAUUUGAAAAAAAUCCAUCAAGAUCUUGGCCACAAUCUUCUGUUGCCAAAUGAUCAAUUGUUUCUAUCACUUGAUCUUUUAGUUACUAAUUUUCAAUUGAUUUUGUGUGAACUAGAUAAUCAAGUGCGUUUUAAAGAUGCAAUCGUUUUACAAACAUUUGUCAAUGAUAUAUUUCUUCAAUGUCGUGUGGUACUGACUUGGUUGUAUCCAGCAAUCAAAAUGGCUGCCUACCGUUUUGGUGAUCCGAAUAAACAAUUCGCAAUCAAACGUUGUGAUAAUGUGGAGAAAAAUGCCAGGAAAAAUGCUCGAGAGGAAACAAUUCAGCAAGAAUCCUUAGGAAAUAAUCUUCCUAUUAGGAAACCAACAGAAUAUCAGUUGAGAGACAAGCCAGUGAAACGAUUUUCAAUAGAAUUUCCUUUGUUUAGAUCUUAUUUAACACCACAGAAUGAUACUAGUGAAUCAAAUCAAUCAACUCACGAACUAAUCACAGACGAGAAUCCUAGUACCAAUACAAAUAAUAUCUUCUCCUACCAACUCCAAAACUGCCAACCUGAAUCAAUCUUGUUCUCCCGAAAAACAGGCACCAUUAGAUUCCGUAAGAACAUUUAUUUCAUAUAA